AGCUUUCGUAAUGGCGGACCAACAAGACGUCGAUCUCGACUCCAUCAUCGACAGACUCCUCGAGGUCCGCGGUAGCAGACCCGGCAAGCAGGUCCAGCUUCUCGAGACCGAGAUCCGCUACCUCUGCACCAGAGCUCGCGAGAUUUUCAUUUCCCAGCCUAUUCUCCUCGAGCUUGAGGCUCCCAUCAAGUACGGCGGNUUUCCCCCUGAGGCCAACUACCUCUUCCUCGGUGACUACGUCGACCGUGGCAAGCAGUCGCUCGAGACCAUCUGCCUGCUUCUCGCCUACAAGAUCAAGUACCCCGAGAACUUCUUCAUCCUGCGCGGCAACCACGAGUGUGCCUCGAUCAACCGCAUCUACGGUUUCUACGAUGAGUGCAAGAGAAGAUACAACAUCAAGCUUUGGAAGACCUUCACCGACUGCUUCAACUGCCUGCCUAUUGCUGCCAUCAUUGACGAGAAGAUCUUCACCAUGCACGGUGGUUUGAGUCCCGACCUCAACUCGAUGGAGCAGAUCAGACGUGUCAUGCGCCCUACUGAUGUAUGUCCAUACGCCUUUUCAUUGCCCAUUCCNAUUCCCGACUGCGGUCUCCUUUGCGAUCUUCUGUGGUCCGAUCCCGACAAGGAUAUCACCGGAUGGAGCGAAAACGACCGUGGUGUAUCGUUCACCUUCGGACCCGAUGUCGUAUCGCGUUUCCUGCAAAAGCACGACAUGGACCUCAUCUGCCGUGCUCACCAAGUCGUCGAAGAUGGUUACGAGUUCUUCUCAAAACGCCAGCUCGUAACCUUGUUCAGUGCUCCCAACUACUGUGGAGAGUUUGACAAUGCCGGUGCCAUGAUGAGCGUCGACGAGAGCUUGCUGUGCUCGUUCCAGAUUCUCAAGCCAGCAGAGAAGAAGCAGAAGUACGCACCUCCCCAAACCCCUCUCCUUGUUAUUACAUCCUCAAUACUGACU